GAUUACCUGAAGUUCACUUCCAUAAUACGACGACAUUUGAAUACAGUUGAGCCUGCUUCGGCACAUACAAAGUCAUGAUGGUGAUAGCAAGGACGGUAUUGUGGUAUUUUGCAGUCUCUUUAACCUUUCAUAUAGGAGGAUGUCUUACCUGUCUGAAAGGUGACGAUCUCUUGGAGCCGAGACUAAGCAUGACAGUGAUCGAUUGUCCAGAUGCUCAUGUUUGUUAUGCAAAGAGGACUGUUAAUGGUUUCGGUGAACAAGGAUACAACCUCGGGUGUAUUGCCUCCACGGCAUGCAGCAACGUUUCAACUAGCUCACAAUGCGUUCACUGUUGUGGAGAAAAUUUGUGCAACCAUGAAGCAUGUGGUGUACCAGGUUACCCUCUAGACCGCGGUGUUAUAUGCUAUAGUUGCCAUAACAAUCCCCAACCAGAGAACAGAUGUCAUAACGUAGAUGUUUGUAAAUCCUGGGAGGAAUGCCAAGUUGUUGGAAGAGACAUUUUUGGACGAACAGUUUAUACAACAAGUUGCGUCGUAAAAGGGGCUUGUGGUGUCAAUUCACCUGAAACCGGCUUGAUUGGAAAACGUUCUAAAGUAAUUCGUUCGAGCCAAUCAGAAUUGCUUAGAAGGUCACGUGAAACCAAAUGCACAAUGUGCUGCGAUACUGAUUUGUGUAAUCGGAACUGCGACAAUGCGACUUCCUCGUCACCUAUUGGCUACACCUCUGCCUCCCCUGUUAUAACUACGCCAGCUGGUCAGUCAUCAUGCAGAGACAGCCAAGCUACGUGCAACCUGCUCGACAAGAACUUCUACUGCAAGGGAGAUUAUUUCUCAUGGGCUUUGACCAACUGCAAGAGUUUUUGCGGAUAUUGUGAUUAUACAACUGAUGCUUCUGCUACAAUUCCUAUAACAACCCAUGUGUAUUUUGCGUUCUGUCGAUACAAGGGACAAUCCUACUUGCAAGAUGAGACCUGGAACGACGUCGGAUGCAGCCAAGCUUGUACCUGUACGGACGCUAUCAGGGGUAUCUACAACUGCGGCAAUGUGUGCCUCAACUGGGAUAAUCUACCUGGAAUAUGUCACCUUGAGCCUCCUGCCCCAGGGUUGUGUUGCGAGCAACCAAGAUGUCCCAACGGUGUUAUCAUCAAUAUCCCUAUUGCCUUUAAAGACCAAUACCCUGGAUACCACUAUGUCAAAUAGUUUCUUUUUUAGGAUUUGUUUUAUUAAUAAAUAUUUAUACAUGUCACAUAAACACAGAUUUUGUGGGUAAAGUCAAGAAGAACAUAAUGUAGUGAUUUGAAGCUAUGUAUUUCGGUUUAGGGCAACUAAGAAACUAUGCACGUCUAUUGUUUCCAAUUAUAAUGUCGUUGCUAUGACAACGAAAAUAAAUACUGAAAUACCA